AUGGCCUUUCUUCUGCCCAUCGUUCUAGCAUCCUUCUUCAGCUUUGCCAAGAAUCUCUUUGUCCCGCCUGCUAACUACGGUAUCGGCCAAGUUCGUCCCAUCAUGCCCCUCCCCAAAGCCUUUAGCGUCGCCAAGGGCAGUGGGAGAACAAAGAUUGCUCUUGUCAACAACGGAUACACAGGGGGCGAUAUCGACCGUCUUCUGGACAAGAUUGCCAAUGAUGUAACGACCGGCGUACCUGGCGCACCCAUGGAUGUUGUCAGAGUGAGCCGCGAGGACGACUUGGUCACGACUUGCCGUAGCACCUUGCGCGGAGUAACGACUUGCUUCUGCGCCGUUGUUAUGCGCUCAUCGCCAACCGAGGGCCCUGGCGGGUUUUGGAACUACACCAUUCGAACUGACGCUGCCUUUUGGAGAGAGCCCGUCAAGUUUGACGUGCGCAAGUCGACCAACGUCGAGCAGGUGUACAUUCUGCCCAUGCAGAGGGCUGUCGAUACCGUUAUUGCCGCCUUCAAUGGCUCCAGCUCGGAUCCUUUGGCCAAAACCGAGGGGCUGCCCUUUGCCAACAUGUCGCAAAGGGAACGAGAUACAAAGGUCCGCCAGGCCUACCACAAGGCCAUCGUCAACUUCAUGGCCGUUGCCUUCAUUGCCAACAUCUUGUGGAUCACGUACCACCUUACUGGCUUCGUCGCUACUGAACGCGAAAGUGGCAUGUCGCAGCUUCUCGAUGCCAUGAUGCCGACAGACAAGCCAUGGAAGGCUCAAGCUGUUCGCAUCACUGCCCAUCAUUUGUCUUUUUCUAUCAUCUACGCUCCUGCAUGGAUAAUCGGCUCCAUCAUUAUCCGCUUUGGCGUCUUUGUAAACACCAGCGUCGUCAUCGUCCUGUUGUUCAACUUGCUUUCCGGGCUUUCAUUUGCAUCCAUGUCCAUCCUCUUUGCUUCCUUCUUCAAAAAGGCUCAACUUAGCAGUAUUACCGCCACCAUCACCAUCCUUCUCCUCGGUAUCCUAGCCCAGGCUCUCACAAAGCCAACCAUAGGCCCCGUUGCCACCCUGUCGGUGCUCUUUGCCCCUUGCAACUAUGUCUACUUUUUCACAUUCAUGGCCAAGUUCGAGAAGUGGGACACUGCGGCCAAUCUUGCAAAGAGCCCACCCAUGAGCUCAUGGGAGAUGCCUGGCAUCGUCUUUUUCGUCAUUGCCAUUGCUCAAAUCUUUGUGUAUCCCCUGCUCGGUGCCAUGGUUGAAAGGAACCUCUACGGCACAACCACAGAGGGGCGCAAGAUUCAACUUCAAGGGGGCGGCGAGAGCUCUCUGGUCGAGAAUGCCGUUGAACUGGACAGGCUCACCAAGAUUUACUACCCCAGCUUCUUCUCCAGCCUGUUCUGUUCCAGGUUAAAGCCCCGCGAGCCUGUGGUGGCCGUGAAUGAGCUCAGCCUCCAAGCAGGUCGAGGUCAGAUUGUCGCCCUGCUCGGAGCAAAUGGAAGUGGCAAGAGUACCACUCUAGAUGCCAUCGCAGGUCUGCACAAGCUGACUAGCGGUUCCAUCUCUAUCGAUGGUAGGGGCGGACUUGGUAUUGCACCGCAGAAAAAUGUCCUUUGGGACGAUCUAACUGUCCAGGAACAUCUUGUCACCUUCAACAGAUUAAAGGCCCCAGACGCUCCCGCUUCCAAUGAUGAUAUUUUAGAACUCAUCAGGUCGAUUGACUUGUUCCCCAAACGCCAUGCUCUAGCCAAAACCCUGUCUGGCGGUCAGAAACGAAAGUUGCAGCUGGGGAUGAUGUUGACUGGUGGAAGUGCGGUUUGCUGUGUUGAUGAAGUCAGCAGUGGGUUGGACCCCUUAUCUCGACGGAAAAUCUGGGAUAUUCUUCUGGCAGAACGAGGAAGACGCACCCUGAUUCUCACAACCCACUUCUUGGAUGAGGCAGAUCUCCUUGCUGACCACAUUGCUAUCCUGUCCAGGGGGACUCUCCGCGCUGAAGGCUCAUCUGUGGAACUGAAAGACAGGUUUGGCAGCGGGUACCGUGUUCAUGUGCGAGAGGACACUGACACAACACACUUGCCUAGCAUUCCAGGAGUCCGGAAGAAGCAAGCAUUUGAUUUGGUUACCUAUGUGGCACCCUCAUCGAAUCUGGCUGCUCAAGUCAUAAAGUCUCUAGAGGAAACCGGCAUCACUCAGUAUCGCUUUUCCGGCCCAACGAUUGAGGAUGUAUUCCUCCAGCUUGCCGAGGAAAUCAAAGAUGAAGAGGCGUUUAAAAACAUCAGUGCAGGCGUCCUUAGAGAAGUGGAUAGUGCAAAUGAAAAGGACCUAUCUUCUUCCAAUGGGAGCUCCACGCUUCAAGGUUUGAAGCUGCUCGAUGGUCAGCGAGUUGGCUACGUCAAGCAAGCCAUGAUUCUCUACAGAAAGCGUCUUACUGUGCUUAAGCGUACUUGGAUAUUGUAUCUCAUCGCGUUUCUUCUGCCCAUUUUCGCCGCUGGUCUCACGGCUCUCUAUGUCAGGGGCAAGAAACAAGUCGGUUGCACACCUGCUGAACAAGACUCCUCUUUUGGAACCGAGGACGCCUUUACCCAAGUCAAGAACAACACCAAGAUUGUUUUCCUGGCCGGUCCAACUUCCAAGCUCUCCAUCACAACUGUGAACAGUUUGCUGCAGCCAAUACUCAAUGGUUCGAGACGUGGUGCUUCUGUGGGCUCCGCCGCUUUGCAGAAUCUUAAACUGGUUGAUACCUUUGAUUCCUGGAAGCAGCAUAUCAAUGACGAGUUUCGCAACAUCACCACGGCGGUGUGGCUCGGAGACGAAAACUCCAAUCCCGCUGUCGGCUGGGUAGCCAACUUGUUCAUUACCAGCUCAAUCACUGCCCAGCAGCUCCUCGACGUCUUCCUUACCAACACAACCAUCGCCACAACCUGGUCGUCGUUCGACGUGCCCUUCAACCCCGGUAUUGGCGAUGCCCUAAGUCUUGUCAUUUACAUGGGCCUGGCGCUGUCUUGUUAUCCCGCAUUCUUCGCUCUUUACCCGAGCAAUGAGCGAAGGCGAUUUGUGCGCGCUCUGCAGUAUUCCAACGGUGUUCGACCAUUCCCGCUCUGGGGAGCCUACCUCUUGUUCGACUUUACCGUCGCCGUCAUUUCUACAGCACUCCUAACUGCAUUGUGGGCUGGCAUGUCCGACGUCUGGUAUCAUCUGGAAUAUGUCUUUGUUGUCUUUUUCCUGUACGGGCUUGCGUCGAUCCUAUACUCGUACUUUAUCUCCCUGUUCACCAAAUCCCAGCUGGCCACUUUUGCUUGGGCGGCGGCCUCGCAAGCAGUCUUCUUUUUCGGUUAUUUAAUUUCAUACAUAUGUGUAGUCACAUAUGUUCAGGUUGACCGCAUUGACUCAUCAUUGCUCAUAUGCCACUUUGUCAUCUCAGUCUUCUCGCCCAUCGCGAACGCAACCAGAGCCAUGUUUCUGGCGACAAAUCUCUUCGCAACGGCCUGCGACGGCGAAAAAAUAUCAAAAACGCCUACGGGACUUGUCGAGUACGGCGGGCCCAUGCUUUAUCUGGUAAUCCAGUGCCUCGUCCUCUUCGGCUUACUGCUGUGGUUCGACAGCGGCAACGUCGGCUCAUCCGUCCGUGGUCUCUUCAUCCGCAGCAAACCUGUCGCGGUUGCCGAGGAAGUGGGUGCAGAAACGGCCGACGACUUGACCCGAGUAACUAGCCCAGGGCAAAUGAGGGAUGGUCUUCGCGUUAUACACCUGACAAAAUCCUUCGGCAAGAACACGGCAGUGGACAAUGUCAGCUUUGACAUCAAGCGCGGCGAGGUGUUUGCCCUUUUGGGCCCCAACGGCGCCGGCAAGUCGACGACUAUUUCUCUCAUCCGGGGCGAUAUCAAGCCAAGCCGUAAUGGCGGCGACAUCUUGGUCGAGGAUAUGUCCGUCUCCAAAGACCUGGCCGCUGCACGAAGACAUCUCGGCGUGUGUCCCCAAGUCGACGCCCUAGAUCAGAUGACUGUCCGGGAGCAUCUUGAAUUCUACGCCCGGAUCCGCGGCAUCCCCGACAUCGAGCACAACGUCUCGGCAGUCUUGCAAGCCGUCGGCUUGGAGGCGUUUGCAUCCCGCAUGGGCUACGCCCUCUCGGGAGGAAACAAGCGCAAGCUCAGUCUGGGAAUCGCGCUCAUGGGCAAUCCCACCGUGGUCCUCCUCGACGAGCCUUCGUCCGGCCUCGACGCCGCCGCCAAACGAAUCAUGUGGAAGACGCUCGCGGCCACCGUCCACGGCCGCUCCAUCCUCCUCACAACCCACAGCAUGGAGGAGGCAGACGCCCUCGCCGGACGAGCGGGCAUCCUUUCACGCCGCAUGCUCGCCCUCGGGACCCCAGACGAUCUCCGCCGUCGCUUCGGCGACGUCCUCCACGUCCAUCUCGUGUCCGGCACCGCCCCCCGAACCACCGACCAAGAAAUGCAGCGCGUAGUCUCGUGGAUCCAAACCCGCCUGCCGGCCGCCAACGUCGACACAAAGACGUACCACGGCCAGCUGCGCUUCUCCGUCUCCGCAAGCGAGGUGCUGGCCCUCCAAAACCAAACCGCCAACAGCAAACCGGAGGACAUUACAUCCCACGACAGCGACGUGGCGCAUGCCGCCCGCCAAGGCAGCGCCAUAGGCCAACUCAUCGUCCUCCUGGAAGAGAAUAAGAAGGUGCUGGGCCUAAGUCACUACAGCGUCAGUCCCACCACCCUGGACCAAGUUUUCUUGACCAUUGUAGGCCAGCACAAUGUCAAGGAAGAGAACUACGAAGAGAAGAAGCAGAGCAAGUGGGCCAAGAUGAUCAAGUCCAAGCAUCUCAAGAAGUAA